CACUACGGUGAGACAAAAAGAUCAGAUAUACCAGCAGGCUGUCAGUGGAAAAUUUACAAGCCAGUCAACAAGACACGAAGACGAUAACGUGGGAGCGAAAAUGAUUUUCAUCUGUAUGAUCAUCGCAGCUCUGGUGACAACAGCCAUGGCAAAAGGGGCUAGAGAAUGCAGCUUAUCUGAAACUACUGGAGCUCAGAAGUGUUACGGAGCACUCGCUGAGCCGCUGAUUUUUCACUUGCCCAGUGGUGAAAAUACAAAGAUGAUGCUGAUAAAGAAUAACAAACACAGAAUUUUGAAAAUCCUCAACAAUACAGUAGCAUCUAUAGAUAAGGAAUACAUUAAUUCUGCAUUCUUCAGUGGUGGAAUAUUUCAGAUUGACAAGGCAACGAAAGAAGACUCUGGAGAUUACCUGUUGGAAACAUACGCAGCUACUAAUGGUGUACUGCUGCAUAAAAUCAAAAUGCAUCUACAAGUACAAGUUCCAGUGUCAACGCCAGCGGUGUCUCAGAUGUGUUUGUCACCAGAGCAGAUGAACAUCAGCUGCUCCUCUGAGGGAGAUGAAGUAGAAUUCAUUUUGACUUUGGACAGUUAUCCACUGAUACAGACCAGAGCCCACAGCCAGUCACAGCCAAACCGGACAGCUGUCUCACAAUCACUGACUGGGGAAGCAGCUGAAGAAGACAAAUCCAGUGAUUCGAAUGUUAACAUCAGCUUAUACGGUCAGCUGACUGGAAACUUGAUGUGUCAAGUUAGGAAUAAUGUCAGCAGGGAUAAAACAGUUCUCCAGCUGACGAACUGUAAAGCUUCAGUUUCUCACUUCUCUCAUGUGGCUGUGGCUGUGAUCGCAAGUGCUGCCAUUCUCCUUCUCCUCCUGGCUUUGUUACUUGGUGUCAAACAUUUAUAUAAGAAAACAAGAUCCGUGCGUGUUAAUAAAGAUAACGCUGAAGAUGAAGUUGUCUACUCAGAUGUCAGAGUGAUGAAGCAGACAAGGAAACCAAGAGCUAACUGGCAUCAAAAUGCAACUUAAUUUUCUCCUUAAACAUUAUUCAUUAUCAACAUUAGUCUGAAGCCUAACCUUAACCCUGCCUACAAAAAGAUAUCAGGUCAUUGAUUUUGUGCCUUUAACAAAUAAGUUAAACUUUAACCUGACACAUGGAAACACCACAGUUUUGGUUCAUGUUCAACACAGUCAGCAGUUUUGAAAAACUACAUCCCGGAUGUUAUCUGUAUUUGUAUCCAGAAUGAUCCCACUGUUAUUAACUGACCUACAGCUGUGUGGGGUUUCACUGGGUGAUUGUGAUAUUUGACAAAAUACCUGCAGUAUAUUGAAAAGUAGACUAAAAAAAUGUAACACUGCCUUUUGUGUUUUCAUUUUCAUUGUCUUUCUUUGUAAUAAUGUGACACUGUAAAGUAUCAACAUACUUCAUACACAGUAAACCAUUAUCUCUAAACUGAGUGAAGUGUAAAGUUGGUUAAAAACCUUUAAUGU